AUGGCAGCCAGCGGCAUCUCCCCCGAGCAGUUCACCAAGAUCAAGGAGCUCGAGCUGAUGCCGGCCAGAGUUCUCGAGGAGGAGGCCGACAGCCUGUGCGGGGUGCGGGGCUGCCCGAGUCCCGGCGGCCUGGAGGCCCCGCAGCCCGGGCCCCCGCAAGCGGCGCCAGCGCCGGUGCCAGGCUCCCCGCCGCAGCCCGCCAGGCCGGGCCCGGGCCUGCCGAGCGUGCACCUGCCGGCCCGGGGCGCGGGGCUGCCCGAGGCCGAGUGGCUGGGCCCGCAGCCGCCGCAGGAGGUGCAGGCGCUGCUGCGGGAGGCGGUGGCCGGCCUGCCCUCGCUGCUGUGGCUGAGCGAGGAGCGCGAGGGGCAGGCGUGCGUGGCCUUCCAGGAGGAGCUGUGCCCGCUGCAGGACUUGGGCGUGAUGCAGUUCCACGUGCUGGAGCAGGGCGCCGUCGGGCUGGCCGGCCAGCUGCAGAGGAGCCAGCAGGAGGAGCCACUGGCGUUGGCAGGAGGGUUCAGUGACGUGCCCCCCGAGCAGCUCUUCCUCCUGGAGGCCGAGCCCGCGGACGAGGCAGGCAACGAAAUCCUUCUGACCAUUUCAAGUUUGAACGUGGAGAGCCGCGGAGAGGAGCCCAGUGCCGCCCCCACACAGGUGGGGGAAGCCGGCCCUGCCAAGGGGGACAAGGAGACCAAAGAAGCGAGCCGGACCUUCUGCUGCAAUGUGUGCGACUUCUCCUCUUCUCGGGCCUCGAGCUUAAAGCGUCACAUGAAGACGCAUUCCAGCGAGAAGCCACACCUAUGUCACCUGUGCCUGAAGGCCUUCCGCACGGCCAGCCUCCUGCGCAACCACAUUAACACGCACACGGGAAACAGGCCCUACAAGUGCGGGGACUGCGACAUGGCCUUUGUCACCAGCGGCGAGCUGGUCCGCCACCGGCGGUACAGGCACACCCACGAGAAGCCCUUCAAGUGCUCCCUGUGCAAGUAUGCCAGCGUGGAGGCAAGCAAACUGAAGCGUCACAUCCGCUCACACACGGGCGAGCGCCCCUUCCAGUGUGGCCUGUGCAGCUACGCCAGCAAGGACGCCUGCAAGCUGAAGAGACACAUGCGGACCCACUCAGGAGAAAAGCCGUACGAGUGCCACGUGUGCCACGCCCGAUUCACCCAGAGUGGCACCAUGAAGAUCCACAUUAUGCAGAAGCACAGCGAGAACGUCCCCAAGUACCAGUGCCCUCACUGCACCACCCUCAUCGCCAGGAAGAGCGACCUGCGUGUCCAUCUGCUUAACCUGCACACUUACCAGACCACCGAGCUGAAGUGCCGCUACUGCCCGGCUGUCUUCCACGAGCGCUAUGCCCUCCUUCAGCACCAGAAGACCCACAGGGAUGAGAAGCGCUUCAAGUGCAGCCACUGCAGCUAUGCCUGCAAGCAGGAACGCCACAUGACCGUGCAUGUACGCACCCACACGGGCGAGAAGCCGUUCGUCUGCCUCUCUUGCAAUAAGUGUUUCCGACAGAAGCAGCUGCUCAAUGUCCACUUCCGGAAGUACCAUGAUGCCAGCUUUGUGCCCACUGUGCAUCAGUGCCCCAAGUGCGGCAAGGGCUUUUCCCGCUGGAAUAACAUGAACCGCCACGCCGAGAAGUGCGACCCGCCGGGGCAGGCAGCGGUGGCCCAGGGCAGGAGAAGGAGAAAGGCCAGGGACGCGCCCGAGGCAGCGCUCAGGGAAGAAGAGCCUGGCAUCCAGGAGGCUGCGUGGGAGGAGGCCUUGGUGCCGAAGGAAGGACUGCUCCCUGAGGUGCUGGAUCCUGCCCUGGACGGAGUGCCCGCGGCUGGAAGCCAGGAGCCGGAACAAGGCCUGACGUGCGAGAUGCUGCUGAACGCAAUGGACCAGUAA